AUGAAGGGGUUGCUGGGUCUCAGGAGACACUCGGCGGCUCAGGAUCUCGGGCCAUCUAAAACGUCGAGCCUAAGGUUGAUCCUCAUCCGCCACGCCGAAUCGACAAACAACGCGCUGUUUCAAAGGUUGCGAGAUGAAGUCCUCUCGAGCACGCGGGCGGAUCCGCUGUUGAACCUUGAGGAGCUCUUCGAGGCGCAGCGGGAAGUAGGUGAGAUUCUCACGUCUGUCUCAGUUCUCGGGGAACCGCCAGCGCGUCUUCUUUUUGCGUCGUUGCUCUCUCAGCGUGUUCACUCGUUGAGUCGCAAACUGUCGCUGCCGCUCAACGAACACAGCGACAUCACACGUCCCUCUCUGUGCGCCUCAGAUCCCGGCUUAAGUGCCCGCGGGCACACGCAGGCGCGUCUUCUGGGGUCUCACUUUUUCGAAAACUACCUCCGCGACGCUCUCGAGCCUCCCUCCGCAGUCGCUGCCAGCGUGACUGCCCUUCCAGCUACGCCUGCGCGGGACUCGGACGCCGAGUCUCCUGCGUCUCUUUCCUUUCCUCUCGGCUCGCGUUCCGACUCUUCUGUGUCGGCUGCUACCGGGGCAACGUCUGCAAACGAGGAGGAAACUGAAGAAGCCGAGGAAGCGGAGCUCUCGCGCCUGUCUUCGGCAAACGGGACAGGCGCGCUCUCCCCGCAUAACGAGGCGUGUGCCGCCCGGGCUGAAGAAGAACCGGGCGGAGAGCGUGAGGAGGACGACCGUCCGCUUGCUGCGCAGCCUCCCGUCGAAGGCAUUGUGAGACGCUCGGGAUGUCUGAAGGAGAUGGGAAAGAAGAUGGAACCGACGGAAACGGAAAGAAGGAAGGAUGAACAGGGGCACAAAGCAGAUGGAAGAAGGAAAGGAAGUGGAGGUGGAGACGGCCGAAAGGAGGGCGGGAGAAGACAGAGAGUCAUUGUCUCACCCCUUCUACGGACAAUUCUCACUGCUCUGCCGCUCCUCGACAACCUUAAUCUGAAGCGGAGCGAUUGCGUGCUGGAUCCGGAUCUCUACGAGGUUGGGGGCUUAUACAAAGUCUGUCGCAGCGCAGGCGGCGAGCCUCCUGCCUGCGUCGCGUAUCCAGGAUGCACCAAACGCGAGUACGAAGAGCGAUUUCCAGGGCGCCUCUGUGCGCCUGAGGGCAUUGAAAACGGAUGGUACAACCCCGAACGAGGAAAGGAAGGCCUCGCGGAGGCUCGGGCGCGGGCGCACCGCGUGGCGGAAUCGUUCUGGAGAAUGGCCGAAACCGCCGAGGCGGAAGGCCUGCGGACGGUCGUCGUGGUGAGCCACGCGCACUUUCUAGAACUGCUGAUGAAGGCGUUGUGCCAGCCUGUUGAGGGCGAAGCGCCGCCUUCGUCUUUCGCCUUUUCGUCGCCGUUCCUGCGGCGAAAUCCGCCUCCUGACGGUGUACAGACAGCGCGGGUGCACGAGGAUGCGAAAAUCCACGCCAACUUUCUCUUCCACAACACAGGCGUGUCGUGCAUUCGCCUCGUGGCCUCGCAACAGACGCCCCCGCCGGAACCGUCGGCGCUCUUGAAGCCGCAGUGGUGUCUGACUGCAUCCCACGCGCCGCCUGCAAAAAGCUCGCGUUUCGUCGUUGUAGAAUGGAUGAAUCGCCUAGACCAUCUCGACGGUCUUCACCUCAAAUCAAGUGUUGACUCGGUGUGCUUGAACGGAUCGAGCCAAAGCUUCGCCGCAUAUCCCGUUUCGCUCUUCUUUCGACAGUUCAUUGUCCUUCUUGAAGGCGUGAGUCCCACCGAGACCAGCCGCUCUGAAGAGCCGUGUAGUAUUGCUGCUUUCCUAGUUUCGCCCUAG